CUUUGAGUCCAGGGUAAUUAGAGAACUAUGCCAGUUGUACGGUUGCACGAAAACUCACACCACUUCGUAUCAUCCUCAGGGGAACGGCGGCUGCGAGAGAUUCAAUCAGACCCUAUUGGGGCUGCUGGGGACCUUGGACCAACAACGGCAGGACGAUUGGGUGAGUGCAUUGCCAAACCUCCUACAGGCCUAUAACAACAGUAUACAUAGUACUACGGGUUACGCCCCCACGUACCUGAUGUUUGGCAGACACAUACGAAUGCCUACUGACCUGGUCCUAGGAGUGACAGCCGACCAAGAGGAAGCAAGUGUAACGGAGUGGGUGGGACGCCAUCACCAGCGCUUGCAUUUCGCCUACGAGCAGGUGUCGAAAAGGAUACAGACGGCAGGAGAGAAAAGUAAGCGGUUGUAUGAUCGGACUGCUAGAGAAGCCCCUCUACUGCCAGGAGAGAGGGUGUUGGUGAGAGAUAAUCGGCGGCAGGGGAAGGGGAAACUGAGUGACCGUUGGGAGGCCACCCCUUAUUUAGUCUGCCGGCAGCAGAGGCCGGGACAGCCGGUCUAUACCAUCCGGCCAGAAGGGAAGUUAGGCCCCGACCGUGUGGUGCACCGGAACAUGAUUCGCCCAUGCCCUAACUACCCUGAAGCCGUGGAAGAAGUCCCUACGGAACCUGUACCAGCGGCCCCCUGGAUUGAAGGUUGGGCUGUGGUACCAGGGAGACCCGUGGUGGCACCACCCCCGAUCGCCCCGAGAGAACCAGAAGUAGCCCCUGAACAAGCUGAGCCCGAUUCACCAGUGAGACGAUCCCAGCGAGAGAACCGAGGCCGACCCCCUGCCCGCUAUGGUGAGUGGACAGCCCGAGGACGUUCUAGGGACUAGAACGGAUUGGCGGGGGAGGAUGUCACAAGGUGACGAUCUUUAGGGGCGGAACCAAAAUUCGGGAAGUUUGGUUCCGCCCGGAAGUGUUUCCGCCCGGACCGGAAAAACAGAACACCGGAACUUCCGGUAGCGCCGUAAGAGGGAAAAUCAGGGAAUUCGAUGCACCUGUGCCUAGUUAGGGACAGCGGUUGGUGAUUGGAGGAUACGCUGGACAAGGCAGUACUUAAGGCCAAGUUAUUUCACAGUCUGGGAGCUCUUUCUGGUGUGUGUGAAGCACUGUGUCGUGCCCGUCUUGGUGCGCUGCUGGUGGCUGUCUAACUCUCUCUCUCCCUCAGGCUGGAAUUGUAUGAUUGUGAAGACAUCGCGAACCUUAAAGGUUGAGAAGUGAACGGAUUAUACGGCGAAUUGAGACGACGUGAAAAAGGGGAUUGGAAGCGGCAUUGAUGUGAGUACUAAGAGCAAGCCGAAAGUGCCCUGUAUAUUGACCUGGCGUUGUGUAGAUCUCCCCAGGAGGAGGAGGGCGGCCCUACCCCUAAUAUAGCGUGGUGGGAGAGCCGAAGGAAUACUUAUUGAAGUAGUCACAACGACGACAUCACUAGCUAGGCCGCAUAUUACAUCGCCAGAUCCGAACCAAGCGAAGUGAAGGAAGACGGGUGUCCUUUUCGUACACUGAGUGUGGUGGGUGAGUCUUCGUGCUGUGAAAACCUAUAAUUUUGACGUGGUGCUGUAUAUUGCUGUGGGUUGCUGUGUAUUGCCGUGUGUCCUGUCAGAUAAACCCCCGCCUUCACGCACUCCGUCGCGGGAGGACAAGGAGACUGCUGGUUCUAGCCUAGUUCAGUACAGUAUAUGUUGUGAGCGUGCUUCAGAUCUCCGGAGAUAGCACGGUACGCUGUGUUCAGCCCAGAGGUGAGAGUCAUUCAAAGCAAACUAACUGUGCUAUUGUGCCCAAGUUGAUACCUGUGGAGAGAAAAGGAGAGAGAGUGAAUAACACGAGGAGGAAUAGAGCGAACCCUGUACUUACAGUACGUUGUGUCCAGCCCAGAGGUGAAAGCCAUCCAAAGCAGAGUAACUGUGUUUUGUGUCCAAGUUGAUACCUGUAGAGAGGAGGAGAGAGAGUGGAUAACGCGAGGCGAAAUAGAGCGAAACCUGUACUUACAGUACGCUGUGUCCAGCC